UAGCGGCGGCGGGCGGGCGGCUCCAGCCUCAGCAGCGGCGUCGGCGACGACGGAGUCGAGGCAGCAGCGAGCGCACGGCUCAGUGUCACCCGGCGGCGACGGCGACGGCGGCGGCGGCGGCACGACCGGAGCGAGUUGGAGGCGCGCGCGGCGGAGCUGCCGCUGCCGUGGCCGCCGCUGCCCGGAGCCCGAGGCGCCGGGGCCAGUAGAGGCGGCCGGGGGGGCGGGCGGGCCGGGCGCCGGGGGGAGGGUUAGGGGGAUGGCGCGGACCCCGGGGCCGGCACCGCCGUAUCCCGGAGGCGGCAAAGCACAACUUUCUUCCGCUUCUCCCCCCGGAGCCCAGCUCCUCCCGCUGCCGCCGCCGCUGCUGCUGUUGCUGCUCUUCCCGCUGUUCUUUUUUUCCCGGUUCUGCGGUGCCUUAGCUGGACCAAUUAUUGUGGAACCAUAUGUCACAGCAGUAUGGGGGAAGAAUGUUUCAUUGAAGUGUAUAAUUGAAGUAAAUGAAACUAUAACACAAGUUUCAUGGGAGAAGAUUCAAGGCAAAAGUUCACAGACUGUUGCAGUUCAUCAUCCUCAGUAUGGAUUCUCUGUUCAAGAGGCCUAUCAAGGGAGAGUCUUAUUUAAAAAUCAUUCACUUAAUGAUGCAACCAUUAUUCUCCGCAACAUAGACUUCUCUGAUUCAGGAGAGUAUAUAUGCAAAGCGGUUACAUUCCCAUUAGGAAAUGCACAGUCAUCUACAACUGUAGCUGUAUUGGUUGAACCUACUGUGAGCUUAAAAAAGGGACCAUACCCUUUAAUUGAUGGUGGAAAUGAAACCGUAGCAGCCAUUUGUACAGCAGCCACUGGAAAACCAGUUGCACAGAUUGACUGGGAAGGUGAUCUUGGUGAAAUGGAAUCCACCAUAACUUCUUUUCCAAAUGAGACUGUGACAAUUGUAAGCCAAUAUAAACUUAUUCCAACCAAAUUUGCUCGAGGAAGACGUAUUACUUGUGUUGUGAGGCAUCCUGCUUUGGAAAAGGAAAUUCGAUAUUCUUUUAUGCUGGAUAUACAAUAUGCCCCUGAAGUUUCAGUCACAGGGUAUGAUGGGAAUUGGUUUGUUGGAAGAAUGAAUGUUAAUCUGAAGUGUAAUGCAGAUGCAAAUCCACCACCUUCACAGUCUAAAUGGAGCAGGUUGGAUGGACAGUGGCCUGACGGUUUAGAGACUUCAGAGAAUACUCUGUAUUUUAUCAAUCCACUGACUUACAAUUAUUCCGGUGUUUAUGUCUGUAAGGUUACAAAUUCCCUUGGCCAACGAAGCGCCCAAAAGGUUAUCUACAUAUUAGAUGUUCCAUUUAAGCAGACCUCUUCCAUAGCAGUAGCUGGAGCAGUUAUUGGAGCUGUCCUUGCGCUUUUUAUCAUUACUAUCUUUGUGACUGUGUUGCUGACUCCUCGGAAAAAGAGGCCAUCCUAUCUUGACAAAGUGAUCGAUCUUCCACCCACACAUAAACCACCUCCUGUGUACGAAGAAAGAUCUCUCCCUGUGCCUCAAAAUGAAAUCACACAUCAGAGAGAACACUUUCCUUUGCAGAGUCAGUACAAAGAAAGAGAAAUAGGCAGCUUUCAGCAUACUACUAUGGUAAAUGGCAGACAGUUCGACUAUGAAGAUCACCAUCCAGAGGGGGAAGAUGGGUUUCAGCAGAUGUAUCCCCUUUACAGUCAGACAUGUUUCAAAGACUGGAGCUGUGACAAACAUCAGCAAAACUCAGAUCCUGGAAGAUCCUACAUCAACCCCCGAGAACAUUACGUGUAAUUAUGGACGUGUGACAGAGUGCUCAUUCUUAUACUGGGAAAAGAAAACAUCAAGCAGUGUAUCUCUUAGCUCUGAAUUUCAUAGGGCUGGACCAAGUGCAUUUGGAGUGUUGAUGAAUGACUCACCAUUGAUUGGCCAGCCCCUGGCCUUGAAUAGGUUUUCCUCAACCUCUAUCUGUGAAUCAAGUAUAGCUGUGUAUGUGUGUAUAUGUGUGUUUCAUUU